UGCAAAAAAACAUUGUGAAAACAGCAUUAUAUUAAACGCAUCAAACUAGCGCGAAAAAAACAAUAUCAAAAUGGCCGAAGGCGGUAGUAAGCGCAUCAACGUGGUAGUUAAAACGCCAAAGGACAAGAAAACUGUUGAAGUCGAUGAAGAUUCUGGAAUAAAAGAUUUCAAAAUUUUGGUGGCACAAAAAUUUGAGGCUGAACCCGAGCAAUUGGUGCUAAUCUUUGCUGGUAAAAUCAUGAAGGACACCGACACCCUUAAAAUGCAUAACAUCAAGGACAAUUUGACAGUACAUCUCGUUAUCAAAGCGCCCACACGUACGAAUGAAGCGCCGGCACGUGCACCGGCCGAUGUACGUCAAACACCGUUUGGCCUGAACCAUUUUGGUGGAUUGGCUGGUAUGGAAGCACUAGGAGCCGGGUCGAAUACUUUUAUGGAUUUGCAGGCACGCAUGCAGAAUGAAUUGUUAAAUAAUGGGGAUAUGUUGCGCACACUGAUGGAUAAUCCGCUGGUGCAGCAAAUGAUGAACAAUCCCGAGACUAUGCGUCAGCUGAUCACGUCGAAUCCACAAAUGCAGGAUUUAAUGCAGCGUAAUCCAGAAAUUUCGCAUAUGCUUAACAAUCCUGAUCUGUUGCGUCAGACAAUGGAGUUGGCACGCAAUCCGUCGAUGUUGCAGGAGCUAAUGCGUUCGCAUGAUCGUGCUAUGUCGAAUUUGGAAUCGGUGCCAGGUGGCUAUAGCGCACUGCAGCGCAUCUAUCGUGAUAUACAGGAGCCGAUGAUGAAUGCGGCAACCGAAUCCUUUGGACGCAAUCCGUUUGCCGGACUUGUUGAGGGCGGCGGUGGCGGUACUACCGGAGUUAAUCCACAGCAGGGCACGGAGAAUCGCAAUCCGUUGCCAAAUCCAUGGGGCACUGGAAGCGGCAAUCGAAGUGGCACCAAUUCCAACUCCCAAAGCAACAAUUCGGGCCCAAACAAUCAACGUGGCGGGGAUCUGCCACCAAACAAUGUACUCAAUACACCGGCAAUGCGUAGCCUGCUUCAACAGAUGGCCGAUAAUCCAGCAUUGAUGCAAAAUCUAUUGAACGCCCCCUAUACACGUUCGAUGAUGGAAUCGAUGUCACAGGAUCCAGAUAUGGCGUCACGUUUGCUAAGCACCAGCCCCCUGUUGGCAAACAAUCCACAGCUGCAGGAUCAGGUGCGACAAAUGAUGCCUCAGUUUAUGGCACAGAUGCAGAAUCCGGAUGUGAUGAACAUGCUAACCAAUCCGGAGGCAAUCAAUGCCAUCCUGCAGAUUCAACAGGGCAUGGAACAGCUGCGUAGCGCUGCACCGAAUCUAGUUGGUACACUGGGCAUACCACCACCUCCACCUGGCAUCAAUCCCACUGACCCGGCUAGCGGCGAUGGCAACACAACCAACAAUUCCACUAAUAGCGCCACCAAUGCCAGCAGCAUUAAUUCAACAACACCAAACAAUGCUAGUGCCGCGAAUCCACCAUUGGCACCCGGCGGCGGACCCAAUGCCCAGCUCUUUAAUGAAUUCAUGAUGCGCAUGCUCAACGGCAUGUCCAAUAAUGCAGACAGCACGCAGCCACCAGAGGUGCGCUACCAAUCCCAACUGGAGCAGCUCAAUUCAAUGGGUUUUGUCAACCGUGAUGCCAAUUUGCAGGCUCUUAUUGCAACGUUUGGGGAUAUCAAUGCAGCCGUGGAGCGUUUGUUGUCGCUGAAUCAGUUGUCCCUGAGUUAACAUUGUUAAGGCGAAUGCCUUCUGUACACGCCAAUAUCGUCUCUUUGUAUCUAUGUCUAUAUAUUUAUAUACGUAUAUAUAUAUAU